CGAUAAAAAAAAAAAAAAAAAAAAACGUUCGUGGCGAAGUUUUGUCGAAAAGUGAAACGACGGGACGAGAAGAGAGGAAGUUUAAAGAUGGAGCCCGACAUGUUGUUAAUGAUUACAUGAUGUAACGGAGGCGGAGUGUGUUUAAAGUUACACUCUGACUGUUAAACACGUUAAAAACACAACAGAAGUUCUGACGGACGAGACUCGCUGAGGGGAAGAUGGAGGUGGUGGAGGAGUUCAUGAGCUCGUUACUGAGAGGAACGAAGAAGAAGUAAUCAGUAACGUGUGUGUGUGUGUGUGUGUGUGAGGGAGAUGCUUGGUGGCCACGUCCCCUUGGAGACUGGAGAGACAACACGUGAUGAGCUUUACUUAUCAGGUUUAGAGGGAGAGAGACACCGAGACACAGCGAGAGAGAGAGAGAGAGAGAGAGAGAGAGAGAGAGAGAGAGAGAGAGAGAGAGAGAGAGAGAGACACCGCCGGAGGAAUUAAAACAAACUACAGCAACGUUUUCCUCUCGACGACUCCUGCUUCUUCUUCUACUUCUUCUUCAGCUUCUUCUUCUUCUUCCUUCGACUCUGCUGCUUUCUGUGUGUUUGUCCUCCGGGAGAGGAGAGAGGAAGAGAAGCAGAGGAGGAGGAGGAGGUGGAGGAGGGAGGGGAGGAGGAGGGAGGGAGGAGGAGAAGCCGGAGUAAAGUUUGUCCAAGUUUGCACAUCCCUUCGGAAACGCCAUUUUGAUUCCUCUCCUCUCCGGAGCAACUUUGCAGCCUCUCUCUCCCCUUCUUUUUUUUUCUUCAUCCCCCUUUAUCAUCCACCAUCACCGCCGUUCAUCAUCAUCAUCAUCAUCAUCAUCAUCAUCAUCGCCCCCACCACCACCACCACCAUCAUCAUCCUCGCCACGAUGUCUCGGCGCAAGCAGCCCAACCCCAACAAAGUCAAGCUGUGAGCAGUGGUUGCAGACACACACACAACAAACCCCGCCCCCCUCCCGCCCCGCCCCGAGACACGAGCGAGCGUUGCUUUACGAAACAGGACGGCCGUCAUGGAAAACUCCAGCGAGGAGCAGCGAGAAGACGUAAAGACAGAGGAGGCGGAGCUAACGGAGGAGAAGACACACAAUAACCUCAAAGCGAUCAACGGAGUGAUGGAGAAGGACGCAGGCGGAGGAGAGAAGCUACAGAACGGAGACCGAGGAGGAGGAGGAGGAAUGAUGGGAGCAGAGGGAGGAGGAGAUCUGUCCUCCAUCAACGCCAUGAUGUCAGCAGUGAUGUCAGCAGCAGGGACCAUCAAUGGCGGAGAAGGAGAAGGAGGGAGUGGAGUCACCUCAGCCAACUCCUCCGCCGGACACUCCCCGAGCCCCUCCCCCAGCAAGUCGCUCACGGCAGCCAUGAGAGCGCCGCCCGGCCGCAGCGCACGACGCACCCAGGACACCAAAGACGACAGCUCAGCUUUUAUCUGUCCGCUGUGUGACAAGAACUGUCAGACACAACACGGGCUUACCAUGCACAUCAGACAGCACAACGCCGACACCGGAGCGACGGAUCACUCCUGCAGCAUCUGUGGGAAGUGCCUGAGCUCGGCCUCGUCGCUCGACAGACACAUGCUGGUCCACAGCGGAGAGAGACCCUACAAGUGUAACAUCUGUGGACAGACCUUCACCACCAACGGCAACAUGCACCGACACAUGAAGAUCCAUGAGAAGGACCCGGCCAGCGGCCUGCUCCCCGUCAGCCCGCCCUCACCCACCAAACGCCGCCGUCCGUCCGUCAAGAGGCGGCAGGAGGAGGAGAACGGAGAGGAGCCGCCUUCCAAGAAGGUGGGGGAGGACGCGGCGUCGGAGGAGUCGGCGGCGGCGCUUCGUGGGGCGGAGGAGGAGCUGCUGCCCUGUCCAAUCUGCUUCAAGACCUGCAACUCCAGACUGGAGCUGGACGCACACAUGGACGCUCACCCGGACACGGCUCUGAGGUGUGAUCUCUGCUGCCUGUCUUUUCGAACCCAUCGUGGUUUGUUGCGUCACAACGCCGGCGUUCACAAGCUCCUCCCCCAGGACCCCAGCGGCCGCCCCUUCAUCCAGAACAACCCCUCCAUCCCCACCGGCUUCAAUGACCUGGCCUUCAUCGACUUCUCCUGCAAGAAGUUUGCUCACAUCGCACAGGUCUGGUGUGAGACGAACCUUCGCCGCUGCAUCAGUAAGUUCCACCGGUUCGUCUGUGAUUGCUGUGACAAGGCGUUCCCGCUGCGCUCAGCCCUGGAACUGCAUAAAACCAUCUCCCACCCCGCCAAAACUGACACAGAGGACCUGGAGGCGGAGGAGGAGGGUGGAGCUGCAGAGAGCAGUGCUGAGAGCAGCCGUCAGGAGGACGAGGUCGCUCCGUCGGAGCAGGCCAGCUUCUUGGAAGGUCUCGGCCUCCAGCACAUUUCUACGGUGAAGUCUGGUCCCACAGACGAUGAGAUCCAUCAGGCCCACCUGGACAGCAUCAAGGUGAUCCACGUGGAGCCGCCGUGCUCCAGCCUUCCCCAGGAGCCGGCCUCGGCCUACCUGUCUGGAGGUCUGGGCCUGACUUUGGGGCUGGGUGUUGGCGGUCUGGCAGCCCUCAGCAUCCCCCUGCUGGAGGGCUCUGGCUCCGCCUCCGCCCUGCAGGGCCUCUCGCAGCGGGACGCCCUCAGCCUGCUCUCCCUGCAGCCCUUCCAGACCAGCUUCCUCCUGCAGCCUGACGGGAGCGCUGCAACAGGUAGUGCCGCUGCGUCGGGGGUCAAACCCGGAGAAGCAGGUGGAGCCGGGAUCAUGGAGCUGGCCGACAUCCAGCAGAUUCUCAAAGUGGCGAGUGCAGCUCCGAAUCAGAUGGGGCUGACCCUCCCGUCUCUGGCCAAAGCUCCGGGAUUCGCUGGAGGUCAAGGUCAAGUCCAGGGUCAGAAGGCGAUGCCACCACUGAAGCCCAAACCUCCCCUCACCCCUCGCUCCAGCCUCACAGCGACGACUCCUCCCCCCCUCCAGAGCUCCCAGCAGGCGUCACUGGGCUGCAUCAGCCCCAGCCUGCCUCCACCAACCCCGACUCUCUUCAAAACCCCCUCCUCAUCCUCCUCUUCCUCCUCCUCAGCUGGGAAUGGAGGGCAGCUGGAUGCAGAGUGUAUGGGUGAUGCUCACACGCCUUUGUCUGAUUCCCCACCGGCCGCCACCACAGCAGUGCACGAUGAGGCGGGGCUUAGUGGGAGAAAGCCGGGAACCAAAGGGGGAAACAACGCCGGCUCGGCUAAAGGCUCGUUCCCAUGUCGAUUCUGCGACCAGGUCUUCGCCUUCUCUGGCGUCCUGCAGGCUCACAUGCGCUUCCACCUCGGCAUCCUUCCGCAUCAGUGCAACAUCUGCGAUUAUGUAGCUCCGGACAAAGCCACGCUGAUCCGACACCUGCGGACGCACAGCGGCGAGCGACCGUACGUCUGCCGGGUCUGUCAUUAUCCUUUCACUGUCAAGGCCAACUGUGAGCGCCACCUCAGGAAGAAACACGCCAAGACCUCCAGGAAGGACAUCGAGAAAAACAUCAAGUACGUCACCUCCAACACGGCGAACAUCGCCACGGCAAUCACUGCAUCAGCCACCACCCAAGACACGGAGACGGGCUGCGCCGGAGCUGAGACAACGUGCCGGUUCUGCGGCGAGGACCUGAAGACAUAUCGUGCGCUGCAGAUCCACCUGCGCACUCACAACGGCUGCCAGAGGAAGCCAUUUGAGUGCCGACGAUGCGGCGCCGCCUUCCUGGCCAAACGCAACUGCAUCCACCACCUGCUCAAGCAGCACCCGGAGGUCCAGGAGAGGGAGAUUGAAGACCACAUCGCCACGCUCCUGCCGGCCACCGUGCCCGUCGCUACCGCCGCCUCAGGUCGAGCUGCUGCGGUCACUCCGAUGGCGCUGAACGGUGUCAGCCAGCCUCCGAUUCAGACGCUCCAGGCAGUGAAAGUGGAGGAGCUGGCCAAUAUGACGUACCCUACAGAACUGGACCAGCCUCUGGACUUCUCCGCUAAGGGUCGAGGAUCCCUCAGCCAGUCUGGGUCUCCUGGAGUCAAACUGGAGAGCGUCUCCCCGAGCUUCGACUGCUCCAUGCUGGACCAGCCCAUCGAUCUGUCCAUCCCCAGCAAGAGGCAGAAGAGGGAGGCAGCGAGCGCUGGAGAGAAGAGGGAGAUCAAGACGGAGCAGAGCGGCAGCAGCAUCGUGGAGCAGCAGCACGCUCUGUCUUUGUCCAAGGAGGAGAAGACGGCUGCCGUCCUGCCUCCUCUACACCCUCACCCCCAGCUGGGCUGCUACCAGCUCCCCCCUGGAUCCACCCCUCCCCCCGCCUCCCUCAACAACUCUACACGAGCCCAGCGCCUCAAACCCCUGCUCCCCAAACCGACCUCCUCCACCAGCACCUCCUCGCCUUCCACUGCCCUCAAGGAGCUCCCUCCUCUGGCCUCCAUCGCACAGAUCAUCAGCUCUGUCUCCGGAGCUCCAGACCUGCUGAAGAGAGAGUCUGCGACGCUGGAGGGUAAAACGCAGCCGGCGUCCUCUCAGGUGGACUCGGCUGCAGACGGGCCGGGAACCUCCACCGUCCUGGAGACGCAAAGUGACGACACGCCUGAAGGAUCCUCCAGCAGGAAGCGGUCCAGGAAGAAGCCGGCCGGCCUGGCGAUGAAGGAGAAGUCCGUCGUGAGCGGUGGAGGCAUCGACCUUGAAUCCAGUGGGGAGUUCGCCAGCGUGGAGAAGAUGUUGGCGACCACCGACGCCAACAAGUUCAGCACCUACCUGCAGACGGGAGCUGCAGACCUGGGAGGGAAGAGAGACGUGGACGGAGCAGGAGCAGGGGAGGAGAAGGAGGGAGGAGCCAAGGAGGACGUGAAGGCGUCGGUCGGGCCGCAGUCCAAAGGAAAGAAGAACGCUUACUCCAACUCUGUCCAGAAGAUGACCUGCCCCUUCUGCCCCCGAGUGUUCCCCUGGGCCAGCUCUCUGCAGAGACACAUGCUGACACACACCGGCCAAAAGCCGUUCCCCUGCCCCAAGUGCGACGCCUUUUUCUCCACCAAAUCCAACUGUGAGCGCCACCUGCUGAGGAAACACGGCGUGACCCAACGGACGCUGCGACGCAACGGCGCCCUCGUCAAAAAAGACGCGGACGACGGAUCGCAUGAGAGCGCAGAGAGUCAGUCAGAGACGGAGCAGGUCACAACAGAAGCACAAGACCUCAGCGCCUCAUCAGACUCAGGCUCCGCCCCAAUAGAUGAUAAACCCGCCCCCACAGAACAACAAGAGGAGGAGCCAACAACAUCAAGCCCCACCCACAAUCCAAGCCACGGUUGGAGUCCAGCUGCCGGCGCUGAAGAGCAGCAGGACACAGAAACCUCGGAGCAGCCGGACCAGCAGGGGGCGCCAGAGACCAGCACAGCACAGGACAAACCGCCUCCACAGAGCAACGGCAGCAAGGUGGAGAGCGCCGACGAUGACGACUGCCACAGCAACAAGAGUCUGGACCUGAACUUCGGCAAGAAGCUGAUCGACUUCAAGCUGUCGACGACCUCCAGCUCCGCUCAGGAAGAUCAGCCAUCCCAACCUGCAUCCGCCUCCUCGUCCUCCUCCACCUCCCCCUCCUCCACAUCCUCUACCUCCGCUCCCCACGUCGCAACAGAGAGCCAAGAGAAGGAGAGGAGCACCGCCUCCUCCUCCUCCUCCUCCUCCUCCUCCUCCAGCAGCCCCGUGGUGAAGCAGCAGCCGGACUACAAACACGUGUGCCGGGUCUGUAAGAAGAGCUUCCGCUACGCCACCACGCUGGCUCGCCAUGAGAGGGCGCACCUCUCCGAGGAGACGCCGCCCCCAGUGCCGGCAGAGGAGAACCCGCCGGUGAAUGAGGAGGCGACAGAGAGCAGCAGCACCAAACGUACAGAGGAGGAGAAAGAGGAGGAGCAGGGGAAGGAGGCAGAGAUGGAGAUGGAGGAGGAGGACGGAGGAGCGAGGGGAGGUGAGAGUGAUGGAGAGAGCGGCGGGGAGGAGGAGGAAGAGAAAGAGGAGAGGAGCGACGAGGAGGCGUCAGAACCAAAGAGUUUAGAGGGAGGAGAGGUGUCAGGAAGACGAGUCGACAAGAGGAAGAAGAUCUGUAACGUCUGCGGCAAAAGAUUCUGGUCUCUGCAGGACCUGACCCGACACAUGCGGUCCCACACAGGUGAGCGGCCCUACCAGUGUCAGACCUGCGAGAGGACCUUCACCCUGAAGCACAGCCUGGUCCGGCACCAGAGGAUCCACCUGAAGCCCCGAGGAGCCGACGGAGGCUCGGCUGGGAACGACGACGUCAGCGAGGACGGAGACUCCUGCACCCCGACCCCGACCUCCACCUGCCCGCCCUCGGAGAACGAGAGUGAGUGCGGCAGCGGCACGGCGGGGACCAAGGAGCUGGAGGAGGAGGAUGUGAAGGAGGAGGGCGAGGAGGGCGACGGAGAGGAAUCAGCCACGUUGGAGGAAGAACCACCUGUGAGCCAGGCUGAUUCAGAACCGCUGGCCACCGCCGCCUCCGCAGACCCGGACGCUGAGGAAAAAACUGAACUCUCUGCGACGACACAACAGCUUCCUGUUGACACGACUCCCAGCCAACAAGCUACUGACACAAAGACAACUACUGGUGACGACUCCUCAGCCGCCGACCAAUCCACACCUGAAUCAAACAUCUCCAAAGACCCCUCCUCCUCAUCCUCCGGCGCUGCGCCAGAGGAGUCCGCGGCAGCCGCCCCCGCCGAGGGCUUCAUCCAGGGGCUGCUGGAGAUCCACGCCAAGCCCCCUCUGGAGCACCUCCUGCCCAACGGAGAGCCUCCUCUGGUGGGGGCGGACUGAGGGGGACAUCGGCCCCUCCGUCACCACGGUGCCAUAAGAUGGGACGACACCAUUGAUGAUGAUGCAAAAACCAGCCCGGAAAACUUUUUUGAUAGAAAGACGAAAGCCUCGUUUUCUUGAAGUGCCUUACUACUAGUCCUACUUCUAAGAGAUGUUUUUUGCUAUAUCUUUAUCUGCAUUAUUACGGAGGAUGGAUCUAAUUUUUAUAGCUUUUUAUGGUGACAAUGAUUUGCAUUACUAUUUUUUUGUGCGGGGAAUCUAUAUUUCAGCAAUAAAGAAUAAAAUUAUGAUUUAUUAUUGUUCUAGAUUCUGUUUGAGAAUUGAUGAUCAACUUGAGAGACGAAGGCUGCGACGGACGUCUGCGUUAAUUCUUCUGUAUUUAAAUCACAGCAGACUGAACGACCCAGUUUUAACAUUUGAACCAGCUCUGGAUGUGAGAGCAGAACCGGGCCGAGUGAUGAACUGGACUUUUGGUUUUUGUCCACCAGCCGCAGCAGCUUUCUAAAACUCACCAGACUUGGUCGUUGAAACAUUCUUGAAAUGGAACCCGGAGGCGACGUCUGGUGGACUGGAAGCGGCUGCUCGUCGCUCGCUGUGUGACAAAGGAAGCUUCUUUUUGUUGUAACUGGAAACACAGAAAGUUCGGCGCCUCGUCGUCCUUUCCACUCGCUUCCGCACCGUCUGUCUCUCUGCUGGCUCACAAAACACACAAACAUUCACAAACUUUUUCAGAGUCGCACCGGAUGUCUGUGUGAGGGAGGAGCCGUGAAGGCGACAUAGUGUCGAUCAGUUUGUGUUCUCCGUGUCUUUCUUAAACCCAUCACACUAUCGAUCCCUCUCUCCCUGAAAGCCACCCUGUGAGUUGGUCUGUGUGUUAAUAAUUUCUCAUUCAUAAUCAUUCUCAGUUGAUUCCAUGUGUGUACAGAGAAGUGAACAUGUGGCUCGUGAUGCUCGAGUAUUUUCUGUUUAGUUUUUCUGUGUGUGUGCGAUUAUCAGUGACAUGUUGGUGUAGGGAGGGGAAUUCUUGUGUUAACUAGAUUUUUUUUUUUCUUUUUUAUAACUGAACAAAUCAAUUUUCUUUGUUGGUGUGUGAAUGUGACUCCCACCUGUCUCUCAUCAGCCCCCUAGUGUUCAUGUAGGGUUCAUUACAGUGCCUCCAGCGUGCUAAGGUAGGCUACAUGGCCGCCAACACGUGACCCGGGUUCAGUUUACCUCAACUUCUGCUUUUUAACUGCAACCAUUAAAAGAACAGAUGAGCAGCUCUGUAGGCGAACCUUUAAAUCCUAUGUCUUCCUCAAAAGGGCUAGCAGGGCUAAUUCUUUGCUAGCCUACUUUGAACUGUGGGCCCAAACAGAGCUAACCAUAGCGAUCUCCAUAUCAACAACAGUGUAAAGUACAGGUAGCGUUUGCUAAGUCAGGCCUGGUUUGCGUUAAUACUGUGCUUAGGCUUAGGCUCUAUCUUCACCCCAGGUAAUUUAAGGGCUGAUAAUAGCUAGCUGCAGUUAUUAGCCUGCAUUGGCUAAACAGAUAUCAGCUACAGGUUUGAACACAAGCUAGCAAAGGGCUAACGGAUGAGACCAAACAAGAUAAUGUAGCUAGCAAUGCCUUAAUGUGGUUCAUUUCUCAGUUAGCCCCGGUUAGCUCAACAGAUUAGCUCGGAACUAGACUGGUAUUGUCAGUUAGCUCAAGGUAGAGCUAACCAUUAGCCUAAAGUUUGCUCAGUGGGCACAGCGAUAUCAACCACAUGGUAAAAAGACAUGCUAACUAGAGCUAACUAACCAUACCAGGCAAGCUAAUUCAGCCCACACAUUGCACACUGUAGUUGGUUAACAGCAUUUCUAGCUGACGGCAGGUCUCCUUCCAGUAUUAUCUCAGUAUCGUGAGUUGGUUGUUUCUGUCUUAGCACAUGCUAACAGAAGACAAACAGAGAAGCUAAUAAACUCUGUGUUGAUGUAUCAUCGCUGACGUUGGACACCUGAAGACACGUGGUUAUGAAUUUGGCGAGACAAUCACUCGAAAUGGAAAAACUGAUAUUUUUUAAAACUAAAGCCUGCAGCUGAAUCUCAGUGUGGUUUCCAGAGAGAGCUAGAUGAGGAUGAAGGGGACGGACGGAUGGAUGGAUGGAUGUGUAGGCUGGCGUGUGGGAGUGUGAGUGAACUAGAUUAGCCUGCUGCACACACAAACACAAGUUAAAGGGCUGUUCCGCUCCUCGCACCAACCUAACCGGACAUUCCCAGCAGAAGAUGACGGUGUGAACGUGGCGCCAGAGAGGACAGGCAGUGUGCAUGUGUGGUUCUUGUUUCGUGUGAAGAUGAACAUAGCAAAUCUUUCUUCUUGUACAUUUUUUUUUUGUUUUUUAUAUAUAUAUAUAUAUAUAUAUAUAUAUAUAUAUAUAUAAAUAUAAAUUAAUAUCUCAAGCAACCUCAUAAUCAAAACAAAUCGAACCUCAGCGGCUCAUAACGGAACUGUAAGGCAACGGUGGUCAGUCAGUGAGUCGGUCGAAAAGGCAAGAAAUGCAGAACAACCGCAGCUGGACUGACUGUCUGACUGGACGCUGCUGUGAACUGGCACUAACAACUUCCAAAACUACUACUUCUACUACUAGUACUACUACAGUGGAAUAUCGCAACACAAUCAAGAGAGAAAGAGAGCGAGAGAGUUUCUCAGCCGUCAUCUCAGACUGCAGAUCGCGCUGACGUCUAGAGGAAGCACAGAAGUGGAUGACUGAGUGUGGAGGUCGAAUCUCGUAAAGUCAAUAAAAGACAAGUUUGUUAACGUGCAGCGUGUCGACUGAGCUGCUGUGUCAGCAGAGCGUCUGAUGCUUCAACACUUCCUGUGGUUAAAAUGUUGUGCAGAAUCAGAACCUGAUGUGUAGAUGUCGGGUGUUGUCGGUCAGCAGCUCGGUUGUUAACAGAGUAGAUUGACACAGAGUUUAUUACAGACUGACUGCCAAAAGAAAAUUCUGACAUCAUUACAUUUAGGAAAUUCUGACUUUAAUAUCGAAGUGAUGGUUCUGUUUCUCAGAAUGACGUCUUCAGUCAGAACCUCGUCUUCUCUGUCACGCUGACCUCUGCUGGUGGAAACAUGCUGCUGCAGAACAGCCGGCUCACAAAUCACAAACUCACAAUUCUGUCAGAGCACAAAGAGAAUUUCUCUAAA